CUGCCGCCCGCCUGGGGCUCCGCGCUCCCGCUUGCACGAUGCGGGACUCCCCGGUCCUCCCCGGCGCUCCCGUCUGCCUCCCGAUCCACUUUCCGGCCCGGACAGUUGUCGCCACCGCCGAGGCCAAGCAGAGCAACUUAGAUGACCACGUUUAAUAAAGUUGUGAAGUUGUGGGAGGAGGAGGAGGAGGUGGUUGUGGUGGUGUGGGAAGAGGAGGAGGAGGAGGAGGGGGGGCCAAAUCUCUCCGAAGCUCCAUCCCACCUCCCCUUCCCGCUCCGCUCCCCCCCCUCCAAGCAGCAAGAAGGCAAAAGAAAGGAAGAAGGAUCACUUUUUUUUUUGGCCCAAAAAAAAAGGGGGGGUCGGAAAAGCGGAUCGCUGCAGCGAAGCGGCACAAACCACCAUGCAGCUGGUGUUCUGGGCAGUGGGAUUAAGCACGCUGUUCCUGCAGGACUUCUUGAAAGGAGCCGGUGCGGCAGCUCGGAAGCAGGAGUUGCAUCGGAGGCAAGCUCAACGGCUGGAGACCCUGAGCGAGUACGAGAUAGUGACUCCGACACGAGUGAAUGAGUUUGGAGAACCCUUUCCUGCCAAGGUCCACUUUCAAAGAAAGAAGCGGAGCCUUCCUUUGGACAUUGAGCCCUGGAGCCUGGACGCUACCUCCUCCUCCUCCUCUUCCUCUUCCUCCUCUUCCAAUACCACCCAAGCACAUUAUAAGCUCUCAGCCUUUGGCCAACACUUCUUUUUCAACCUCACUGCCCACUCGGGAUUUAUUGCCCCUCUUUUCACUGUCAGCUUUCUUGGAGAACCCCGGGUUAACCAAACAAACUUUUACACCGAGGAACAAAGUGAUGUUAAGCACUGUUUUUAUAAAGGGCAUGUCAAUACGGAUCCCCAGCAUACGGCAGUCAUCAGCCUCUGUUCUGGAAUGCUAGGCACAUUUCGGUCUCAUGACGGAGACUAUUUUGUAGAGCCACUGAUGUCACCUGACCAACAAGAGUAUGAAGAAGAGCAUAAAAAGCCACAUGUGGUCUAUAGACAAAAUAUACCUCCAACAUUCUCUCCAAGAAACAAGCAGACCUGUGACACUUCAGGACAUGGAAGAAAUCACAGAAAGUUUAGGAGGAGAAGCAAGACAGGACAGUGGCCUCCAAGCAACAUUUUAUCUGAUGCAGAGUCAUUGAAGCAUAGCUUAGCAUCAGAGCAAUUCCCUGCAUCUAGUAAAAACAAGACCAGCAGCCUAAGAGGAAAGAAUGGUCGCCGAAGGACAAAACGAUUUCUCUCCUAUCCUCGAUAUGUGGAGGUUAUGGUAAUGGCGGACAGUCGAAUGGUUGCUUACCAUGGAGCAAAUUUACAACACUACAUUCUGACAUUAAUGUCCAUAGUAUCUUCUAUAUAUAAAGAUCCAAGCAUUGGAAAUUUAAUUAAUAUUGUUAUUGUGAAAUUAGCCAUCGUACCUAAUGAACAGGAUGGUCCCUCCAUAUCCUACAAUGCACAGACAACCCUUAAAAACUUCUGCCAAUGGCAGCAAACCCAGAAUCAACCGAAUGAAGACCAUCCAGAUAAGCAUGACACUGCUGUGUUGGUGACAAGACAGGAUAUUUGCAGAGCUCAUGACAAAUGUGAUACUUUAGGUCUGGCAGAAUUGGGUACAGUCUGUGAUCCAUAUCGGAGCUGUUCAAUUAGUGAAGACAGUGGACUAAGUACUGCUUUUACGAUUGCACAUGAACUUGGCCAUGUAUUUAACAUGCCUCAUGAUGACAACAAUAAGUGCAAAGAAGAUGGAGGAAAAAACCAACAGCAUGUUAUGGCUCCUACUCUGAAUUAUAAUACCAACCCUUGGAUGUGGUCAAAAUGCAGUCGAAAAUAUAUCACAGAAUUUUUAGACACUGGUUAUGGCGAGUGUUUGCUUGAUGAACCUUCAUCAAGAACGUACACUUUGCCUCAACAACUUCCAGGAUACAUGUAUGAUGUCAAUAAGCAGUGUGAGUUAAUAUUUGGGCCUGGUGCAAAGGUUUGUCCCUAUAUGCAGAAGCAGUGCAGAAGACUCUGGUGCAUCAAUGCUGAUGGAGCCCAUAAAGGAUGUCGCACGCAGCACACGCCGUGGGCAGAUGGGACGGAAUGUGGCCCAGGAAAGCACUGCAAGUAUGGCCACUGUGUGCCCAGAGAGCGAGAAUUACCUGUGACAGAUGGAACAUGGGGCACAUGGAGUCCUUUUGGAGCUUGCUCACGAACAUGUGGAGGAGGCAUUAAAAAUGCUGUUCGAGAAUGCAACAGGCCUGAACCAAAAAAUGGCGGGAAAUAUUGUGUGGGCCGCAGAAUGAAAUUUAAAUCAUGCAACACUGAACCUUGUUCCAAGCAAAAGAAAGAUUUCCGGGACGAACAGUGUGCUGUCUUUGAUGGGAAACAUUUUAACAUUAACGGUCUACCUCCUAAUGUGCGCUGGGUUCCUAAAUAUAGUGGAAUUUUAAUGAAAGAUAGGUGCAAGCUCUUCUGCAGAGUGGCGGGAAACACGGCCUAUUAUCAGCUCAGGGACAGGGUUAUUGAUGGCACCCCUUGUGGCCCCGACACAAACGACAUCUGUGUACAAGGACUUUGUCGGCAAGCUGGAUGUGAUCAUGUGCUCAAUUCCAAAGCCAGAAGAGAUAAAUGUGGUGUGUGUGGUGGCGAUAAUUCAUCAUGCAAAACUGUUGCAGGGACCUUCAAUACGGUGCACUAUGGUUAUAACACUGUGAUACGCAUACCAGCUGGUGCUACAAAUAUUGAUGUACGGCAGCAUAGUUACUCAGGGAAACCAGAAGAUGAUAACUAUCUUGCAUUGUCAAGCAAUGAAGGCUUCAUAUUAAAUGGAGACUAUGUUGUCAGCAUGUUUAAGAAGGAAAUCAGAGUUGGAAAUGCUGUAAUAGAAUACAGCGGCUCAGAUGCUCCUGUUGAACGAAUCAAUUCUACAUACCGUAUUGAUCAAGAAAUAGUUCUGCAGAUUCUAUCUGUGGGUAAUUUAUAUAACCCUGAUGUUCGAUACACAUUCAAUAUCCCCAUUGAAGAUAAACCUCAGCAGUUUUAUUGGAAUAUCUAUGGCCCCUGGCAAUCCUGCAGUAAACUGUGCCAAGGAGAACGGAAAAGAAAACCUAUUUGCACCAGAGAAUCUGAUCAACUCAUGGUGUCUGACCAAAGAUGUGACCAAAUUCCCCAGCCUGAUCCGAUAACUGAGUUGUGUAAUACAAAUUGCGAAUUAAGGUGGCAUGUUUCUCGAAAGAGUGAAUGUACUGCACAGUGCGGACUGGGAUACCAAACCUUGGAGAUCUCCUGCACAAAGUACAGCAAGGUAGAUGGGAAAAUGGAGAAAUACGAUGACCGGUACUGCAGUGGCAUCCCCAAGCCAAGCUCUAGGGAGAAAUGCUCAGCAGACUGUAGCGCGGGAGGAUGGCGUUAUUCAGCUUGGACAGAAUGCUCAAAGAGCUGUGGUGGUGGCACAAAGAGGCGCAGAGCUGUCUGCAUGAACACCUUCAAUGAUGUUCUGGAGGACAGUAAGUGCAGUCAGCAGGAGAAGGUGACGGUGCAGCGAUGCAACGAGCUGUCCUGCCCACAGUGGAAAACAGGCGAUUGGUCAGAAUGCCUAGUAACCUGCGGGAAAGGGCAAAAGCACCGGCAAAUCUGGUGCCAGUUUGGAGGAGAGCGAUUAAACGACCGACUUUGCAACGCUGAGACUAAACCAGAUUCCAUGCAAACUUGUCAGCAGCAGGAAUGUGCUGCCUGGCAGGUUGGACCAUGGGGACAGUGCACUGCAACAUGUGGUCAGGGCUAUCAGAUGAGAGCUGUGAAAUGUGUGGUCGGUGCCUAUGUGUCUGUGGUAGAUGAUAAUGAAUGCAACGCUGCCACCAAACCAACUGAUACACAG